AAACGUCAAAACCCUAAAUAAUAAGAAUUCAAAGCCACUUUCGUCUUUGGACGAUCACAAUGACUAUGAUGUCAGACCUUCCAGGAGAUUUGCUAGAGGAGAUACUCUGUCGCGUCCCUGCCGUAUCUCUGAAACGUCUACGAUCUUCAUGCAAACGUUGGAACCGUUUAUUCAACGAUAAGCAAUUCUCAACAAAGCACUUGGAUAAAGCAGCAAAACAGUCUCUGGUUUUCAAGGUGACACAAUAUUCUAGGGCUUGUUUGAUGAGUGUCAAUCUCCAUGGAACUCCAUCUGUAGAGUUUAAAGGUGAGCUUCGCCUACUCGGUUCGCAUUUGAACGCAAAUCAGAUCAAAAUAUCUAGAGUCUUUCACUGCGACGGGUUAUUGUUAUGUACUAUCAGUAACGACACUAGAAUCGUGCUUUGGAACCCGUUUACUGGUAAGACCAGGUGGAUCCAACCAAGAAGUACAAAAAACUCAUAUGCUCUUGGAUCCUACAAAGAACCUAGAUGUGGAACUAGUAGCUACAAAAUAUUGAGCUAUAGAACUUAUAAUGACCAUGAGUUUGAAAUAUACGAGAUUAACUCUAAUACAUGGAGAACUCUUGAUGUCACUUCGAUCUUCAAGCUAUUGUAUAUUGGUACCAGCGUGUCUUUCAAGGGGAAGACGUAUUGGUUUGCUUCCGAUAGAGAAGAUGAACAACUCGGCAUGUUCUUGGUCAGUUUUGACUACACAACAGAGAGAUUUGGACGCUUGAGUCUUCCUUGUAAGUAUCCUGUAGGUUUUUUCCAUGAUGUGGCUCUAUCCGUUGUUGGAGAAGAGAAGCUUUCAGUGUUAUUACAACCAAGAAACACACGGGGGAAAGAGAUAUGGGUAACGAACAAGAUCGAUGGGACUAAAGAGGUGUCGUGGAGAAAGUUCUUAACAGUGGAUUACCCCGAACGUGAUUAUUGGAUUACUUUUACUUGUUUUUGGGUCGACGAGGAGAAGAAAGUCGCCCUAUGUUGCGAGAAAUGUAUGUUCGACCGCAAUACCAAGAUCAAAGACUUGGUAUACAUUGCUGGGGAGGAUAAUGAAGUCAAACUACUUGAUUUUGGAGCAGUUACAUUUGGAUCAUGUUGGCCAGUUCUUGAUUAUUUUCCAAGCUUGGCCUAUAUCCAACCAGGUGGAGGCUUAAAGAAAAGAAAGAGAGAGAGGUGACUGCUACAUCCAACAUUUUUGUGUGUGCUUUCUUAAUCUAUCUUGGUCAUGUCCUUUGAGCUGACAGUUCAUUAACAAGUGGUCUUGUCCUUGGAAUAGUUAAUUAAUGAAUAUUUAUAUAUUUCAUUAAAAACAUAUUAAACUCUUUAAUUCAUGUAAAAUCAUAUUAAAAAUUAUUAAAAAUACAAUUACUUCAAAACUCUAAAGUAAAUACACCAUUCGCAAUACGUCAAACA